AUGGACACCAAACACCCAACUGAGCACACCGAAGAGAACCCCGAACUGACCGAACAACAAUCAGACGUGAUCGCCUCCGAAGACUUCUUUCAGCAUGGUAUCUCAGGACUCUACAUCACUGCCCCGCCUGAAAACCCCUCUGGCCAGACCACUGUAGUUAAGCACGACAAGCACACCGAAGACACGUAUCUCGUAUGGGACUCUUCGUGGACUUCAACACAACAUGUCCUCGGCGAUACAAAGAAGCCCGCAUUCUCAAGCAGCGUUCUCUCCAGCGGCGCCAUCAUAGCGAACGAUGAACUAGACCAGACGAUAACUAUCAUCCGUAGUGUACCCGAAGAUUCCGUCCACGAGUAUGAUAAGCUCAUUCAGGAGUACGCGAGGAUUAAUGACCCAGCGAAGGUGUCUCCCGAUGUGUUCCAAAAUCCCAUCCCACCACGCCCAGUGGACAAGAAAAGUGAAGAGGAAGAAGACGGCGACGCAGCGAUUGCCUCUGCACCCGCUAUCACUGCGCCUGUAGAUAUGGACAACUCGCUAUUCCUUCACGUACACGAGCAUCAUACGAGCCACGCAACCCUUACCCUCGACGAGAAAACCAUGUUACUAUACCUCAACCCCACACAAGGCACCUCACACCGGAAGACCAUCCAUUUCAGAGGCAGGGGCGGUGAAGACCCACUCAUCAUCGAAUGCUACCCUUUCAAAGAAGGUCGCACCCUCCGCUUUAACGACUGCGAUCUCUUCACCACAACCGGCCGGGGAGAUGAUAAAAUACGGCAUAAUUACAAGGAAUACCAUGUUCAUCUUCCGCAGGACGUAUGGCAUGCAGGCUUCUCUCAUGAAGUCAUGACUGGUCGUGAAAGAAGGGCGUAUGGUCCGCAUAACCCACAGCAGGCGGAGUACAACGCUGGUGUCUUUCCUCGGUUUAUGGAUGCAUUGGAAAGACUUGUGGGGGCGGAUAACAUGAAGAGGUGCAAGAAGGAUGGCGAUGAUUUAGUAGAUGGAGACGCGGAGGAUGAUGACAGCGAUGGAGACAUUGAAUAG